UGUGUGUUGAUUGAUGUUUAUACACACCAUUGCUAUUGACAUUACAAACACUAUGUAUUGAAACACGUGUUGAGAGAGAGAGAGAGAGAGAGUCGGGAAACCAAUUAUCGCAGUCAUCUGUGGUCUACUAACUGUCCAAACAGUGGAAGUGAUAUAAUCGCCGACAACAACAACAAGAACUAGAAGUAGAAGAAGACAACAACAACGAAAAAAUGGUUAAACUCGAUGUAUCGUUGAUACGCUAUAUGACCGCCGAUGAAGUACGGCUAUUGACCGCCGUCGAGAUGGGUAUGAAAAAUCACGAACUGGUACCGAAGUCGCUGGUAGUGGCCAUUGCCCGACUCAGGGGCGGAUCAAUUGGCAAAGUACUGUUGAAGUUAACCCAAUCGCAGCUGUUGUCCUACGAACGGGGCAAACGUUACGACGGCUAUCGACUCACUUAUCGCGGAUACGAUUUGCUAGCAUUGAACGCAUUGGCCAACCGGCAAGUGAUUGCCAGCGUCGGCAAUCAGAUUGGUGUCGGCAAAGAAAGCGAUGUCUAUAUGGCUGCCGAUGAUUCCGGCCGUACGUAUGCCGUAAAAAUGCAUCGGUUGGGUCGCACGUGUUUUCGUACCGUUUCGACUAAACGUGACUAUCAGCGAUCGGGUGGACACAAAACUAAUUGGCUAUAUUUAUCGCGGUUGGCGGCCAAACGUGAGUUGGCAUUCAUGCGACUAUUGUACGACAAAGGCGUACCGAUACCCGAACCGUUUGACUGUAACCGACACUGUCUGGUAAUGGAACUAAUCGACGGCAUACUAAUGAAUCAUUUGACCAGAGAUUGUUUCGGCGGCGGCGAUAACACCCCCGCCGAUGCUGACACUGACGACGCCUCCCCGGCAGCCGAUGGACACAACAACAACAACGUUGAAGCAGUCAAGUCGUUGUACGACCAAUUGAUGUCAUUGAUUGUCCGAUUGGCCAACGAGUUUGGCGUAGUUCACGGCGAUUUCAAUGAGUUCAAUAUUAUCGUAAAAUUGGACACCGCCGAAUCGGUUGGCGGUGGCGGUUGUGUUGAACCAGUUUUGAUUGAUUUUCCGCAAAUGAUUUCCGUUGAACACGAAUCGGCUGAGACCUACUUCCAGAGGGAUGUCAACUGUAUUGUCGAGUUUUUUGCCAAACGAUUUGCUUAUGAAUCAGAUUUUGUUCCCACUUUUGAUGAUAUCGAUAGAGAUAUCAAUAGUAGUAAUAAACAUACAAUUGAUGUCCAAAUAGAUGAUGAUAUCAACAGUGAUGACGAUGAAAGUGAAGAUAUUAUUGAUGAAAAUGAAGAUAUUAUUGACGAUAAUGUUGUCGAUAGUAGAAGAACGAGAAGAAGAAGAGAAGACAAACAGAUUAUAUCAACAGAUUUAGAAACAAAAGACACAUUAAAUGUCACUAAAGUGGUGGCAACAGAUGUAACGACAACUGAUGACAGCAACAGUUCCGCUGCUGUUGUUGUGAAUCAAUUGACACAAGAUUUAAAACAAUGUCUUCAAUUAACUGAAGAGACAAAAGAGACGAUAUUAAGUACCGGUAAUAAUGAUGACGACGAAGAAGAAAAAAGUGACUAUAGUUUUGGUGGCAAUACAUCGGUUGCCACGACUUUUACACCGCAAGAGAUCAAAGGAAAACUACAGAAAGAGAAGAAACUGAAAGAUUCGAGAGUGAAGACCAAGAAAGCCAAACGAGAUAUCAAAGGAGAUAACUGUGCUCUGAAUAGACGUAAAAAAGAUGAUUUGCUAACAGUUAGGGACGACAUCAAGACAUACCAUUCACAGAGAGAUCUAUUUAAUUGAUUUUUUUUAUAAUUAUUUUGU